AUGGCCAACAAAACGACCGGUGGGCCCAGCAUUGGCAUUGAUAUCGGAACGGCAUACUCCAGGGUGGCUAUUUGGCACAAAGACCGCGCGGAAAUCCUUCCCAAUCGAUUCGGGAAUCGGUUGACAUCGUCGUACGUGGCAUUCACCGACUCGAAAGUUCUCGUGGGUGAUGCCGCAGCCGACCAACGGCUUCAAAACGCUGAGAACACAGUGUUCGGUAUAACACGGCUACUCGGCCGCAAGUUUUCGGACCCUGAAGUCCAAGAGCGCAUCAAGCAUUGGCCAUUCAAAGUGAUUCGGGGCCCGCACGAUACCCCCCCCCCCCCCCCCCACGUGAUGGUGCAGUUCAGAGGACAGACCAAGAUUUUCCACCCUGUGCAGAUUUUGUCCUUGCUGCUCUCGGAAAUGCGCGGGAUUGUGGAGACUUACACCGGCAAGGAAGCAACGACCGCUGUCGUGACGGUUCCAGCGCACUUCAACUACUCUCAGCGGCAGGCCGUCAAGGAUGCCGGUGCCAUCGCCGAAAUUCAGGUCAUGCGAAUGAUCAGCCGAUCAACUGCGGCCUCGAUAUCGUACGGUAUCAACAAGAAGGGCUCAGAACGAAGGGUGCUAGUCGUUGACCUAGGCGCUAGCACGCUUGAUGUGUCGGUGGUGGAGAUUGAAGACGGCAACUUUGAGGUGUGUGUGGUACUGCGGGGGAUGUCAACUUGGGUGGCGAUGACUUUGACAGUCGCCUGGUAG